AUGAACACACCAGCCCUCCGGGUCCCCACAGGUCUUCCUAACCACAGUCACCGCCGACAGGCCUGCGUCUCCGUCUCGGGCCGCCCCGACGCCCUCGCCGCCUUCCGCGCGUCCCACCACCUCCUGCUCCCGCCGCCGACCACCGUCCGGGCGCGCCGCCUCCUCCCCGCGGCCCACGCGCUCUACCACACCCCCGCGCCCACCGACGCCAAGGCACAGGUCAUGCGCGACCUCGCACGCGCGCGCGUGCGUCUCCCGGACUACGCCGCGCUCCGGCACACGCUGCGCUCGCCUGCGACAGGCGCCGCUGUAGAAGCCCCCACAGCGGCGGCGGCGGCGGCGGCGGGGCGUCAUGCCAGAUGCGCGGCUGCUGGGCACAGGUGCGCGUUUGGCGGCUUUUGA